UCUUCUAGAAAUGCAUGCUCUUUGGCCCUUUGGCACAACCACAUUCCUCUCGCCAAUGAUACCAGCCAAUGUGGCCCUACCAUAUGCUGCAAUUGCAACUGGACCCUAUGCCACGGCAACAGUACCCAUUUUCCAGGGCACUCAACAGUGUAAUAUUGGUUCACCACUUUCUAGCUUUUCAAGCAGCUCCUCAUCAUCGGCAGCCGGCAGUCAACAAAUUCAAAUGCCACAACAACAACAACCAGAACGUAAUUUAAAUGCAGGAGGCACCAAUAGUGGUCAAAAUACAUCUUUAAAUGAUUCCAAUAAAAUUAAUAUUCAAAUUCAAUGCGUCUCACAAAAUUCCCCUAUGAAUUUAAAUACGAUUUAUGAUUCGGCAAAUAAAUUGAAUUUGGGUAAAUUUUGCUAUUCAACCGCAUGCCAGAAGGCCGGCGAGAAGGAUAGUAAGGAUUCCAAUGCAUCUUUAUGCAAUUCACCCUUACCUUUGCAUGCUGAUGACAACGCAGCUGGCGGUGAUGCCUCCACCAUGAAUUUUAUGCGAACGAAUAGCUCUCAAGCCUCGGCAAAUGAGGUUUAUCUUUCUCAGGCCCGUUUCAACGAUUUAAGACGUUUGGCCCUUAGAGGCAGUGACAUUGCUGAAAAUUUAGCUAAAACUCAUCGCAAUCGUCCAUGUUUUAAGAAAAUCGAUAGCCUUUGUGCCCGUUUGAAACAAGAUCUAAUACGUCCCGAUGGUGUAUUACCCAAUAUUAAUUCCCAAGGCAUUGCAUGGGCUGUCAAGGAUUUCAUAUUUGUUUUUACGCGCAUCAUAAAUGCUUGGAUAAUAAUUAAGGGUUAUGUUUACAAUACCCCCGAGGGUUUGAAUAAAGUCAAGGCGGCUCUCAGUCCAGAUUUUGCUUUGGCCUUUGCCGCAUGGCAAGAUACAACUAUGGAUUUCAUUGAAAGUCUCAUCAAAUCAUUUGUCAACUUGGAUAACCUAGUGCAAUCACAAAAGAAUGCCUAUCAAAAAUCGGAUAUAUCAACAAACGGUGCUGGUGGUGGUGGAGGUUGUCUAAAUACCAGUAACUCCUCACCCAUUAAACUUUUAUCGACCACCCCCAAUAUUUUACUCGAUGACAACGCUUUGGAUCAAAAUGGCAAUUAUUUAAAUAGAAAUUAUAUUUAUACAAUGGUCGAAGACUCGGAAGAUAGUCAACGUCAGGCCACAGUGAAUGGCACCUAUUUUAAAACUGGUACCUAUAAUCCAAUUAAAAAAGAUGAGCUACUUACCACGGAACCAUUAGCGCCAUUAAUAGCCAAUAAUAAUGGUGAGAACUUGAUUCCAUCCAUAACUCAUCUACCAGCUACAAAUAUUAUCGCCUCGGAUAGCAUUGUACCAUUUCAAAAUUAUUUUAAUAAUCAAAUAUUAGAUUACUGCCCAAAUUUAAAUGGAAAUUAUCAGGCUACGGAUACACCUUUGGCAACAUUGGAAUUUUUAAAGACCAAAGAAAAUAAUGGUUUAAAUUAUGAUUUGCAUGCAUUUGAAGAAAAUUUCACUGGAGUACACAGUCAAAAUCAGAUUGUGAAUAAUCCUCAAGUAAGCAAAACUAAUGGUCAAGAAUCAAAGGUACAUAACCUCAAAGAUUGUAUUAUGUCAAUGCAAAAUGCCGAUAUGUUUUUUAAAUUUCAAUUUACGAAAAAUUAU